GAUGACGGUCUUGUCGAAUAUGUUCGUGACGACUUGGGUGACAAUGAUAGUAAUUUGGUCAAUAAUGAGAGUUGUCGUAACCUCGAUGGUGGUGACGACAACGUUUCUUCCUACUACACAUCUUCUGAGGAAUGUGUGCCUGACCACAUUCGAAAACUAUAUCACACGACAAAAAUAACCACAACAUCGUCUGGUAUUUUUGAAAAAGAAAAUGUGUCCAUUCCUUUACUACCAAGUGCGAUAGAUAAGGAGGAGCAACUACAGGAAUCCGAUGAAAGCUGGAACCCAAUGAGGGUUGACCGCGACACGGCGCAAAAUGUGAUCUCUGCCGAUAUCGACAAGAGUGCGGGGGCAUUUUUCAUGGGAGUCAAACACAAGGAGAAGUCGUGGGCCGAGACGCCAUGUCCGUCUUACAAGGGGGAGGGCAAGUACUGCUGGAAGGGGCCGAUGUGUCGACUGCUGCAUAAAGUUGUGGACGUCACUGAUGACCUGGGACAGGAAAGGGUUACCAGUUCUUUCACGUUGGACAACAAGCCCCCUUUGCAGCAGGGAAUGUGGAUCGGCGUCAAAGUUGUGCACAUAGUUUCGCCCUCGGAGUUUUACGUAAUUCCUAGAACGACGGCAGAAUGUAUUUGUCGAGCUGCAUUUCCACCAGCAACCUCAAAAGCUACACCACCCGUGAACCCAAUGCAGCAUGAUGGUUCGAUGAAGUAUGUUCCAGACACGGUGACAGAAGAGUUUGGCACUGGUGUAAAGGCUUUCGAUAAGAUUAAAGCCAAACUGAACGAACUUUUGGAACCCAACAUGGCAUGGCGUCAACGCCAAUCAGCCCAUUAUGCCUUGACGGAACUGGUAGCUGUGGGGCGUACGAAAAAGGGCGUGCGAACGUGGUUCAGAGGUGUCAUCUUAGAACCGAACGUUACUAAUGUUGCCGACCGUGAAAUUCCAUAUCAUAAAGUUCAACUGAUUGAUGGUGGUCAAGUUUUGACGCUCCGAGCGGAUGAAAUGUGUUCCCUUCCGGUGUACAUGAGCUAUUAUCCUGCUCUGGCCUACAAAUGUUGUCUGAAUGGCGUUGUCCCCACGGGAAACAUCUGGAUGAGAAGAGCAUCAGUUGCCUUGCAGAGUAUGAUGACUGGAACGAAUAUCAAAAUGAACGUGACUAAAUCGAAUAAAUCUGCAAGUGUGUGCAAGACACUGGAAGUUGAUCCAUAUCUCGUUGACGUGCUCGUUCCAGUAUCCCACGUUCCGGAAAAUCUGGCCAUCGAAACGUCCGCUCCCAUCGUUUCAGUCGCCGAAGUCCUCGCACGCAACAUUCUGGCCCUUGAGCUCAAUCAGUUCCCUACUCGGCCAAUUUUGAACAACUUUUUUGACCAAAAGAUGCUCUUUUGUCCCAUCAACCGUAAAAUGAAUGCUGGAGCUAGUCAGAUGACCGUUAAAGAGUUUAAACUUUUGACAGUGACCGAAAAGGAAGAUGAGGAGCAAGAGGAGACAGAAGCCGAUAGUUACUCAUUUUCAGAGACUGCUCACUCUCGGACUGAUUGAAGUUAUGGAUUAAUUAAGAUUCAUCCCAAUUUCGCUCUUUCUUUUAUCCCUCAUUCUUUCAUCAAAAGUUUAAUUCCAAAAUUUUCAAAUUAGUCCCUAACUCCAAUCCCAAGAUUUUAAAAGUUAACACUUAAUCUCAAUCCUAACUCUACUGGCCUCUACUUAUAUGUACUACUCAGUAGCUUUUUCGUCAACUUUAUAGUCCAGCUCAGGAUCAUAAAAAUAAUUUUUUGAAAUUGUUAAAUCUAUAAUUUAAAUGGAUAAAUAAAUAUAUGUAAGUACUUCAAUAAGA